UAUUCCAAAAGGUGCAGUUCUGAAUUGUUUCAAUAAGAAGAUGACUCGUGGUGGAGAGAAAUAAAAAGGAAUUUGAGGUUUUAAAUUAUUCUUGGCUUUUUUCUAUUUUAAUGGUCUGUUUUUAUGAACACUGCUGGAGAAGACUCUAAAGCUCUUUUUUGCUGUAUUUUUGGGUGAUUAUACCACUAAAAGCUAAAAGGACUGAGCUGUGGACCCCCACUGUUUUUCAAAAAACGGAAUCUCCAGGAUUGUUUGCAAAGUCAAAGCUCUGUCUUGUGGAUAUUGGAUUGCACACAUUCAACAAGGUGAGAAUGCCUGUGAUCGUUUUGGAAGCGCGAGACUUCACCAGUCCACUGUUUUUGCUGCGAACACUGGAAGUCUUCUCGAGCUGCACAGCCUUCAGUCUUGUGGCCUCUUUGGAACAUAAAAACUCGAACAGUUCAUCUGAUCCUUCAUCGGACACAUUCAGGAUCUUUUGUAUGUUUACCUGGUGUUUCUUCUUUGUGAUCACUCUCCUCAUACACAUUAUCAGCAUCAUCCAGUUCCACAGCCUGAUCCCAAUAUCCUGGAAGAACCUGACCAUGACGGUGGCACUGUUGGGAGUGUUGAUGAGUCUCAGCUCCACUGUGGUUUUUCCCUGGAUAGUCAUGGAUCACGGAACAGUAUCUCCACGCGCUUUGGCUGCUACAGUGGCUUCUGGCCUCACCCUCACGGCCUAUGUCUCCGAAUCUUGUGUUCUUCGCACCCAAGCGCACGAACAGAGAGGCUACAUAAGCACCGUGCCUGGUUUCCUUAAGAUUAUCCAACUUUGGGGGGGCUUGAAGAUGAUCCCCCUGCUGGUGACAGUCUCCAAUUUGACGACUGGAGUACUUUGGCAAUUUUGGAUAUCUUGCGUCUCAUAUGGCAUUUGCAUCUUCAUGUCGCUCGUCAUCCUGGUGGUGAUACUGGGUGAUUGUGCUGGGCGAUGCCUCCUGCCUUUUGACAGAUUUUUGGCUGCCUUCAGUCUGACUGGGGUGCUGCUCUACAUGUUGGCCACUAUUAUUUGUUUGACCAAGAUACUGCAGCUGAGUGAGACGGAAUCCAACCCAAAUAAUCUCAAAGUGGUCAUCAUGGAAACAGUGGUUUCCAGUAUCACACUGUUAGCUUACACAGUGGACCUUGCCUUCUCCAUCAAGCUGUUAUGUGACAGGAGUCACAUCUGAAGCUAUGACUGAUUUUCGCUACAAGAACUUAAUAGAAAAGCAAUCAGAGAGAUUCAGGUUUUUCUCUUAAUCAUUUCUCUCAUGUCAAACUGUCUUUGUAACACAGGUCAUGGUUGUGGUUGAUGUGCCACCACUGGUGGUAUUUUGGGUUCCUGCCCUGGUCCACUAAAGUAUCUCUCAUAACUUGUAGUGUACAAGUUAAAAAAUAUGGGCUGAUUAAGUGCUUUAAUUGUUACUGGAACUGGUUGCUGAACCAGGGUUUAUUUUGUCAAAGUUUUCAUCAAUUAUCUUUAUGUCCUUAAAAGAACAGGACAAAGCUCACAAAACAUGACUAACUAUAAAAAUUAUGUUUUUUUAGGCAAUAGGAAUAAGAUUAAAAUCUAACUUCUGACACGGCCAAAUGUUGGAAAAAUACUGGAAAUGUACCUGAGGAAAAGAUCAUUUUCUUCAUAUUUGAGUCAACAAAAUUUCAGAAAAUUUAUUUUUCCUAGGAAAAAGAAAUGAAAAUGUAAUGUAAAUUCUACUGCAAAGUAAAAUUUACAGUAAAAGCAUAGCCACUGCAUAAAACUGUAUUUUCCUGAGCUGAGUCCUCCCGCCAAACAUGUGCUAAUGAUCUACAGAAGAUGUGUAUUUUAUGACGAAAGAACUGAAAAUUAUUUUUAAAAAGGCCAAAAACUUGAUUCAGAGUUGUGCUGCUGUACUAAAGUUUUUAUUACCUUCUGACAGAUUUCUGAUUAAUUCUAACAUAGGUGCGGAUUCUCAACCAUUUCAUUGCACUGAACACUUCUCCAAAGUCAGCUAAACCUAAUCUGGCUUACCAAGCAGUAAUUAGUGUCGUAUUAUAAUUGUACAUCAUCAAUUUUGGUUUGAUUGAGCUCUCAAAGAUGUCCAAGAUUGGUGUUUUCUAAGGUGAAAUGAAAAGUUUGAGAACUCUGAACUAACUUGCAGAGUUUCACUAAGCGUUGUAAAAGGGAUUGGUUUUAUUGUCCCAAAACAAACAUGUCAUGCUGCCGUAAACUGAAACUGAUUGUGGAAGUUACUAGUGCAGUUGCCAUCAAAAACCACUAGAUGGCAAGAAAACAGCAUGAUUUCAUAUCUUUUUAGGCUUCAUUUGAACAUGUUGAAUGUCAUUCACGUCAAAAAUCAUUGUUUAUCAUGUAAGA